CACCGCCUCGGCCCAACAUUGUGACCAGAGGAACUCACGUGAUCUUGUUCAUCGGCAGUGAGGGAACUGGAACCUGAGGUUGUCAGCAGCAGUGGGAGUGAAGUUUAACAAGAGCGGUUUACUCCAGGAAGGAGUGUCCCGUUCGUGCUGUGUGGAGUCUCAGGCUCUGGGCCUAGCUUGACUCUGCAUUAGACGUUAUUGAGGAGCUGAUUAAGGGAGAUUGUGUGUAUGUGAUGCUGCAGAAAGCUAAGGGAAAAGAAUCACAGCAUCGCGCAAAUGCACAUUCAACACCUGGGAAAGGAGCUUGGAACUGAGUGAAGAAGGAAUCACACAGCAAAUAGUUCAUGCUCAUGAGGCAGCAGAAUGGGGACAAACUACACAGAAGCCUUCUCUGUUGCGCUGAUUGACGCAGCGUUCGACAAGGAUGAGUCUGUCCGACAGGAAGUAUCGCAGGCUCUUCGGGAGCUGGGCUACCACCACCCUCGGCUGGUCCUCCUGUCCUGCCACUCCUACCUCAGCAAGCACAGUAAGCUGGUGCAGAGUCAUCGCAUCAUCAUAUUGCACAGCAUGGAGGCUAUCGUCAGGGAAACCAUCAACCAGCUCGACCAAUCCCUGGCCAGGAUGGUCAUCUCCUUGGCUUCGGAAGAGAUGACCAGAUCGAAGGAGGUGUUCCCUGACUGGCAGGAAGCUGCUAGUAAGCUGCUGGUGUCCUUGGGCUGCAGGUUCAUCAACGAGGUGAUGGAGGAGAUUCUACAGAAGUUCCAGCCGGGAGUCCUGCCCCACUUCUUUGUGGUUCACACACUGGCCAACCUCUCCACAGCAAACGUGUAUGGUAUGGUGCCCUUCCUGACAGCCAUCUUGGGGACAAUGCUGCCUAUGCUGGGAAUGGCAAAACAGGAUGCAAUGAAAUCAGUAUUCACCAUUGCUCUGGGACAUUUCAGCGAGAGUAUCCUCGAGUACUUGGCAAACCUGGACAAAGCCCCGGACCCCACAGUCAGGAAGGAUGCCUUCUCCAGUGAGAUCUACGCCUCCUACGAGAUUCUCUUCAAUGUGUGGCUGCAACACAAAGAGGCCAAGCUGAGGACCAGUGUUGUGGAUGCUAUUGGCCAGAUGACGUACCUGAUGCCGCACGACAAACUGGAGGAGCAGCUGCCUAAGCUAAUCCCCGGGAUGAUGUCUCUCUACAGGAAACAUCCGGAACAUUUCCACAUCACCCAGAGCCUGUGUCGAGUGCUGGACGCCGCUGUGGAUAUCGGCAGUCGAGUAUUGGAGACGCAGAUUGAUAAUCUGCUCAGCAUAUUGCACCCCCAGGUCUGUGGCCCGCUGGAUUAUAGCAAUCACAUGGCAGUCAAGAAUCACAAUGAAGUCCUCCGCUGUUUCACCGUCCUGGCUCGAGCCUAUACCGACAGACUCAUUACCUUCCUCCUGCAGAAGUUAGAAGUCCACAAUGAGCGAAUUCGCAUCGGAACACUGACCGUGCUCAAACACCUCAUCAACUCAGUCUCUCCACAGUUGGAGAGUAAGAAGCCGUUGAUACUGACUGGCGUGAAGUUCACAAUCCAGGACAACAACAACAAGGUGAAGCGGAUGGUGGCUCAGGUGAUUAGUGCUAUGGCCCAUCACGAUUACCUGGAGCUGGAGGGAGGCGAGGUCAUGGUGGAAUUCAUCAUCCGGCAGUGUGCACUGGCCUGCGAACCAGGGACCCCCAAACCCCGCAGCUACGACCCAGAUGAAGUUACGGACGAGAAUCUGAGGAACAUGUGUGACAACAUCUUGAACCUGCUGACCACAACGGUGAAGAAGAUGGAGAAUGUUCUGUGGCCAUUCCUGUUGCAGUUUCUGAUCCCAGUGCAGUAUCUGAAUGCUCUGGCUCCCAUCUGUCGCAGCCUGGCAUACCUGGGUGUAAAGAAAGAGCAAACGAACAGCCAUGGAUUCUUGCUUGACUACGAGGAGAGAGAUCUGCCCAAACCUCAGGCGUUGCUGACUCGGUUAUUGGUGGUCUCUUCGUUCCCAUUCCGGGGGAGGGGGCGAGGAAUCCCAGCAUUGAGAUUCCUGCAAGUCGCUGCCCCUAUCAUCCACCCCCGGCUGGUGAGGGUCUGGAACGAGGAGCUCCCCGUUCUCAUUCAACACUUGGAAGGCCAUUCCAAGGACUCCUUACCCCAGCGACAGUGGGAGGAUAAACUGCUGCUGUUACUGUCCAAGAGUCUGGAGGCCGUCAAUCCCGGCGAUGAGAUGUGGAGCAGCCAGUUGAGCGAGGAGAUGACCAGACACCUCAGCAGCUACACCAGCCACCCUCAGGAGAAGGGCUUCCUAUACAAGUGUACUGGCGUGGUGCUGCGACAGACUCUGCCUGCUGAUGUGGUGAGGAAGCAGCUGAUGGAUAUUCUGCAGACGGUACGACAUGCCGAGCCCCUGGAGAGAGAGGGUGUUGCUGUCUGCAUUGGAUUCUGUGCGAAGACUCACCUAAACGACACUCUGGCCAAGUUGGAGGACUUUGGCAAGUCCGACAUCUUGAAAAAGUCACCAAGCCUCUUCCACAUUCUCAAGGACAAGUCGGACGUGGAUGUGGAGAAGGCCAAGAGCACGCUGAUCCUGUGUUACGGUUACCUGACACUCUAUGCUCCCGAGGAACUGAUCCUAGCCAGAAUCGAGAAGGAUGUCAUCAAGCAAGUCCUGAGCCACUUCAAUACCAAGGUUCUGGGGAUUAAAGUUGAGACCAAGGACCUGACAAUUAAACUCAGUCUGAUGAAGACCAUCUCGCUGGUUGCCAGGGCGAUCUACGCCAAUGAAAAGAAUCAUUCCUUCAACUUCAACCGCAAGGGAGAGCUGCUGAUGUACAUGCAGGAUUUGAUCAAGUUGGAGACGAUGGAUGUUUUGCGAACUCCUAUCCGUCAGCAGGCCCUGAUCACCUGCUCCCACCUGCUGAAGCUGGACCCUGUACUGAACGAGGCCGAUCUGUUUGAACUGAUCAAAACCUGCCUGGACAGUGUGUUUGGAUUGCCGCCUCUGGGGGUUGACAAGAGCAAGGACGAGACCUGCGUGGACAUUAAGGAGAGAGAGAUCCUCUACACUGAGACGAUGAGUGCACUGCAGGAGCUCCUGAAGCAGAUCCUCGCCCAGGAUCUAACCCCUGACGGCCUGCAGAUGGUCUUUAAGCAUAUUGAAGGUUGGAUCACAUCGAGUAGGGACUGGGAGCGAGAGCGGGCAGUGAGCACAACUUCCAAACUGCUGCAUUUCUACUUGGAGAAACUUAAUGUCCGGACAAUGAUUUCCUUCCACAAUCUGGGGGCACUGAUUGGCCGGCUGGUUCCGCGGUGCACAGACCCUCUGGUGAACAUACGGCAGAAUGCGGUGGACUGUGUGCACACGCUGCUGUGCAUCCAACUGCGUUACGCUGGUUUUGCUACUGAUCACAGGGAUGAGUCGUUGAUACGACUGAAAACUCUCCACAAUGGGCUGCACCAAUCAGAUGGCAAGCUGCUGUUCCACACCUGUUCCGAGAUUGGGCAGGUGAUCGCCAAGUGUCUUCCCCAGGACCAGCUCAGCAUUCUGCUCUUCAUGCUCUUUGAGGGUCUCGCUGACCCUCACACUCACUGCUCCAGUGCAGCUUCUGUUAUCAUCAACACCCUUAUCAGGGUGCGUGGCACCAGCCUUGGGGACCAGAUCUGUGAGGUGCUCGAGGUGCUACACAUCCGAUUACAGUCCAUCAGUCAGGAUCAGGUGAAGGCCUCUGUUCUGCAGACAGUCUCUCUCCUGGCUUCCCAGAAUCUCUCCGCUGUAAUCACCAGUCUCCUUACCUACCCAAUGCCCUUCGAUAAGCAGACGGCUGAGAUGUGGCAGUCUCUGGCAGGAGAGACGACGCUGGUGAGAAACUCGAUGGAAUUCCUGACGGACAAACUGAACCGGCAGCUGCCGUACGAUGAGAAGAGGGAGUCACUGCUGCGGAAAAAUGUCACCCGCUUUGCCACACUGCAGCCCCUGGCAGUUACCUGUGCCCUGUACGAGCUCCUAUCCACAGCUGAAUCGGCUGAGGCGGUCAGUAUCCUCUACCCUCAUCUCUUCAGCUCCCUCCUGACCCGUGUGGGCUCCAGUGUCGGGGUCCGUCUCCCCAAAGACCCACCGGUCAGCCACCUGUCGAAGGAGCGUCGAGCGCAGAGCCGCCUCCCCAAGAGCCUCGAUGUCUGCAGUUGUUCAGUGGAGGCUCUGAAGGCCUUGACACUUCGAGGAAAGGAUGAGGAGGUGCUGGGGAUAAUGAAUGCAGAAGGUGGCUGGGAAUUGAUGAAGAUCACGGACUCUCAUCACCAAGGGGUGGCGAUCCUGGCCAGGUUAUUGAGACACCGUGUGACCUCUGACCUGGUCCUGACCGAGAUCCUGCUCAGCAGUUUGCUGCCCUGCCUGGUCGAUACGUCCACUAUCGUCCGAAUGUUGUCCAUCAGAGGCCUGGGGAACGCUGCAGUCGGAGCAUCGCACAAGGUUCACAAAUACUCGACCAAGCUGCUGUCGGCCAUGAUCGCUGGUAUGGAUGAGAAAGAUGAUCCUGAGGAUCUGAUCACACUCGAGGCCAUGGCAGGUUUAUCUAAGGUCCUGGCACAGCUCGAAGAAACCAACGUCCAACCCAUCCUCAUUAACAUUGCGCUCCGCAUUCGCCCCUUCUUCGAGAAGGAUAAGGACGAGGUGCGGGCAGCAGCUUUCAUGGUUUUCGGGAACCUGUCACGGUUCGGAGAUGGCCAGUCGAAAGCUGACUUUGUGGAACAGAUUCACUCAAGUCUGGUCAGCUUAUUACUGCACCUGAACGACAGCAGUGAGGAGGUGGUCAAGGCCUGUAAAUUUACCCUGCGUUCGAUUGGCCCUCUGAUGGGCUCAGACAAUAUCAGUGCAAUGUUUCAGAAGCAUCUGCUGGAGGAGGCGAUCCUGCACUAUGGAGAGUUCAUCAACGACCUGGCUAAACACAUUAUCAGCGAUUUCCCAGAGAAGAUUAACUUCUAUAUAAUGGGCAAUGUCUCCUUCUUCAAGAGCACGUGGCCUGAGAUCCGGGGCAACGCAGUCAUGUUCACAGGAUUUCUCCUGGGGAACUUGUCACAGGAUGAGGUUCAGUCAGUUUCCCUGGAGCAUGUGUGUGGAGCUAUCAUCCUGCUUCUGCGUGACGCCAUUCCCAGUGUCCGGAUCAAAGCAGCCGAGGCUCUGAGUCUCCUCCACGAGUUAUAAAGCUGUCGUGGGAUAGGAACGGGGCUUUUCCCCCCCCCUCCUGCUUCUUGGAGUCAUGUUUACAAAAGGGGGUGGGGUGUAAAGUGGAGAAUUGGAGGCCGAGACCAAAGACUGGACCUAAGAUUGUGUUAGAGAAUGGUCCCAAAUAUAACUCUCACACCUCCAUGGACCCCUGGACUUGGGAGGACCAGACGGGAGACACGGUUAUGGUGGCCCUUUGCCACCUGUUAACAAUCGCUCGUUCUUCAAGUGCUUUGUCUAAUUUUGUGUGCCCUGUGUAAAUCCAGGGUUUGUGUAUUUGGUUGCUAUGGGAGCUGCUAUAUUCACUCUUUUCUCUUCAGCUCCCCCAUUCAUUCUAAUUCUGCCCCAUUCACACUCUACCACUCGCCCCAGAAAUUUCGGGGUGUUGACAGACUGUGCCCGUUUCCUUUUUGAGGGGUUGUUUCACACAGGUUGAUGGUCCCACGCUGCUGUCAGUGGGGAGCAGCCUGAGACCAUAAGUCGCUCCUGGAUGAGAGUCUGUUGGCAGUUGCUCACUGAGAUUCGCUCUUGCGUCUCCCUUUGUGCAUCUGCCUCAGAAGAGGCCGAGGGUGGCUGGGAACAGUGAUGGCUUUGCCAAAAAAAGGCCACUCCUCGUGUGCAACUCCUUAUGCGAGGGUGGUGGACUAGCGGCCAUGGAGGGGGGUAUCAUGGUCCAAUCCUUCCUAGUAAUUUCCACACACUCAUACUUCCCCCAGAGAGAGAGAGCGUGAAGUGAGAGCCCUUGCCAGUUCAAAGUGCAGGAAGAUUCCACAAUAUGAUUCCAUGGCAGAAAUGUGCCUUUGCCGUCCCAUUAGAGUGGCUCCUGCCAGUUUUCUGGUGGCAGUCCUAUCACGUUGCACCUCCAAAUGCCUACCUUGUCACAAGUGAGCUAGCACCUUUCAGCUUCUCUUGAGCUCCACUGUUAGUGAGAGUCCCAGGUAAGAAUCCAGGCUCCCAGUUAGUUACAGGGCAGCUGUCUCGGUGAUGCUCAUUUCAUUUGUGUGUUUUCUAGCCAUACACUUGAGUUGUCCAUUUCUGAAUUGCUUUGUUCGCUAUCACUCAGGUAUAAAAUGUUAAUUUUUUGUCAUAAACCAAAAAAAACAAGUUCAGCUGCAGUGAAUUCAAAUACUGGUGCCAAAUGUCCCAUCAGCAAUAUCCAUCAUUCCAUGGCAAUCAUCAGUGAAAGCUGCAGUAACAUAGAUUGUGACACUUAAUAGGGGAAGAGGGUGUCAGGUCCAUGUUGAAGUUGCUCUCCCUCAGGAGAUAGACAAAUGCUUGGAGGUCACAUGGGGCAGACUGCCUGACCUUGGUGUCUGUAAGGAGCGAGGUCUUCCAUUGCCCCGCCACCUGAUGCCCUAAUAAGGAGAGAUGGCUGCCCCCAUUGGCAUGCCAAGAAUGAUUUUAGAAGAUUAGGUCCCACCGCCUCUUGUUGUUGAGGUAACUGGUUAAUUUCUUGAGAUGGAAAGCCAGGGCAUGUUCUUCAAUGUUGCCCUUCCAGAAGCUGAAUCCUACUCAUAUUUAUGUCAGGUAGCAGGCUGACCCCUGAGUUUUAGUAUUUGCUGCCAGUGGGUCAGUUCCUAUCCGGCAGAGGAGCUGCGAGACACUGGGAAUUGAUAUAAAAGCUUUUUUCUCUGAAGGAGUGACUGUUGGACAGUGAGUGGGUGACCACUGUGGCAUGAGUGCUUGUUUCCUGCUGACCUCAUAGUGACCAUAAAGCUGAGCUACAGCGAUGGCUGCCUGCUACAAGUGCAGACUUGCUGAUGGGCUUGGGCAGGGCAGGGGGGAGCAGGGGAAGCUUCCAGAAGAAUUAAACUUAGGACCUGACUGUAAUUCUGAUGGUGCUUCCACUUUAACAGCUGCCUCACCCUGCAGGCCUGAGUUUGUUGCUCAUUAUCAGAGGGAAAAUAAAGAACCUUUAUUUUCUCUCUGGCUCACAGGUUUCACCAGCUUGAAGCCCAGGAUUGGUUAGAUUUCUAAUUGUCUGGCACAGUUAUGUUUAAAUGAACUGAAUCUAACUGGAGAUGUCUCUUUAAUAAUACUGUUGAAUGUAGCAUCAAUGUAAAUCACAGUGGAAAUAUGGUACAUAAUUAUACAAAGAUUUAAAAUGUAUAUCCGAUUUAAAAAAAACACAUUCAUUUCAAA